GGCGCCCGUCCCUCCAGCCGUCAUUUCCGGCGCGCGGGAUUUACAUCCGGGGCGGCGCGGCUGUUGCGGGGAGACGGCGCCAUGGAGGCUGGGACUGACAGGAAGAGGCAGCGGGAGGAGGCGGCGGAGACGUCCGACUUCUCUGGGGAGGAAGAUGACGACUAUGUGCCCUAUGUGCCCGUCAAGCAGCGCAAGCAGCAGAUGCUGCAGAAGCUGCUGCAGAUGCGGCGGAAGGUGGUGUCGGAGGAGGAGCAGCGGGACAGCGGGAGCGAGCAGCGGGGUGACGAGGAUGACAUCCCCCUGGGGCCCCAGUCCAACAUCAGCCUCCUGGACCAGCACCAGCACCUCAAAGAGAAGGCAGAAGCUCGGAAGGAGUCAGCCAAGGAGAAGCAGCUGAAGGAGGAAGAGAAGAUCCUGGAGAGUGUGGCAGAGGGCAGAGCUUUGAUGUCAGUGAAGGAGAUGGCAAAGGGCAUCACCUACGAUGAUCCAAUUAAAACCAGCUGGCGAGCACCUCGUUACAUCCUGGGCAUGUCAGAGGCACGGCAUGAUCGCGUGCGCAAGAAGUACCACAUCCUGGUGGAGGGGGAAGGCAUCCCACCCCCCAUCAAGAGCUUCAAGGAGAUGAAGUUCCCAGCAGCUAUCCUGAGGGGCCUGAAGAAAAAAGGAAUCCAGCAGCCAACACCCAUACAGAUCCAAGGCAUCCCCACGAUCCUCUCAGGAAGGGACAUGAUUGGCAUUGCAUUCACUGGCUCUGGGAAGACCUUGGUGUUCACCCUCCCGGUGAUCAUGUUCUGCCUGGAGCAGGAGAAGAGGCUGCCGUUUUCUAAGCGAGAGGGACCCUAUGGACUCAUCAUCUGUCCCUCGCGGGAGCUGGCCCGGCAGACCCACGGCAUCAUUGAGUACUACUGUCGCCUGCUGCAGGAGGACGGCCUGCCCCCACUGCGCUGUGCCCUCUGCAUCGGGGGCAUGUCUGUCAAGGAGCAGAUGGAGACAAUCAAACAUGGUGUACACAUGAUGGUGGCAACCCCUGGCCGCCUGAUGGACCUGCUGCAGAAGAAGAUGGUGAGCCUGGACAUCUGCCGUUACUUGGCCUUGGAUGAGGCUGACAGGAUGAUCGAUAUGGGCUUUGAGGGGGACAUCCGUACCAUCUUCUCCUACUUCAAGGGCCAGCGGCAAACCCUUCUCUUCAGUGCCACAAUGCCCAAGAAGAUCCAGAACUUUGCCAAGAGUGCCCUGGUGAAGCCCAUCACCAUUAACGUUGGGCGAGCGGGUGCUGCCAGCCUGGAUGUUGUGCAGGAAGUGGAGUACGUGAAAGAGGAGGCCAAGAUGGUGUACCUCCUUGAGUGCCUGCAGAAGACCCCACCACCCGUGCUGAUCUUUGCAGAGAAGAAGGCGGAUGUCGAUGCGAUCCAUGAGUACCUGCUGCUCAAGGGUGUGGAAGCUGUGGCCAUCCAUGGAGGGAAAGAUCAGGAGGAACGGACAAAAGCCAUUGAGGCCUUCCGGGAUGGGAAGAAGGAUGUCCUGGUUGCCACUGAUGUCGCUUCCAAGGGCCUGGACUUCCCAGCCAUCCAGCACGUCAUCAACUACGACAUGCCGGAGGAGAUUGAGAACUAUGUUCACCGUAUCGGGCGUACAGGCCGUUCGGGCAACACUGGCAUUGCCACCACCUUCAUCAACAAGGCCUGCGAUGAGUCGGUGCUGAUGGACCUGAAGGCCCUGCUCCUGGAGGCGAAGCAGAAGGUGCCGCCUGUGCUCCAGGUGCUGCACUGCGGGGACGAGACCAUGCUGGACAUCGGAGGCGAGCGGGGCUGCGCCUUCUGCGGCGGCCUGGGCCAUCGCAUCACUGACUGCCCCAAGCUGGAGGCAAUGCAGACCAAGCAAGUCAGCAACAUCGGCCGCAAGGACUACCUGGCCCACAGCUCUAUGGACUUCUAGCCUGGGGAGCGUGCUGCCCGGCGCUCCCCCUGCGCGGACCUUCGUUCCCUUUCAGCCAGGGCAGUGCCCCAGCUGCCCUCGCCUUUCCUAAGCCCAGGGGCCUGUCCUGCACUGCUGUGGCCCCUUUUCCAGCCCACUGGGGCUGUUGCCAGCUCAGCCUGAUGAAGCUCCUGCCCCAGGAGGAAAUUGGGAGGAAAUGUGUGGAGCUGUGCCGCAACAACCUGUUAUGUCAGCGGUGCAUUGGGCAAGCAGGUAGCGGUGCCUGAGGGGAGGAGGAAGCCCCAGGUGGGGUGACUGGUCUGUGGCCGGCUGCCUGCUGCCUCUGCCAGCCAGCCGCAGUGGUGCGGCCAGGGUCUUAGGUCGCUCCUCUCCAAAGCCCCUUGAUUCCUCCAGGACUGUCCCCCUUACCUGGUUUUGUGCAUCCUCAGCUGGUGGCUGUUCCCGUAUCCCCCAAACACAC